GUCAGUUUCAUUCCGCUUCUUUGUGUUUUCUGAUCUAGUUGUUGCUCCUCAGACUUUCUGCUAUGCAGGAAAUACGCUGAAGAUUUCCACUUGUAGUAGAGUCCACGUGCGCGACAGCUAAUUUGGAGAUCGAAUAAUCUGAUCCAUUGUCUCGGUCCAUCUUGUUGGUCGUGUCGUUUUUUAUUUUUGUUUUACUCGAACUUCGUUCGUCAUCGUCUCGUCUCAGUCGGGGUAUCAAGGUUGCUUUCCAAUAAAUCGCCCUCGGAACCUGGGAGCAAGAGCAUCUUUUUGCUCCGUUGAGGAAUACUUUACUUACAUAUUCGUCUUCAAAAAUCCAAAUGGUUUUCUUGGGUACAGAGUACUGUGGUGGGUCUUCAAGGCCUGUUGUCUUCGGCAGGUUGCUCGAUUUUCCCACUGCUGCUUCCGUAGACUGUGACGUUUCUGCUGCAGACGCGGCAACAUCACUGGACGAAGUGAGACCAAGGAUGCCCCGGAAAUGGAAAAGCCACUGCGUACUGAAUAAAGGUGGAUCCCUGGCUAGAAAUGCGGCUUCAGCCGACCCAGCGGUGGUUUUUACGUGCACGAAUCAAUGUGGAAGGUCAUCAAAACCAUCAAAUACAAUGCGGCGAAAAGGGCAUGCAGAAGCAUCGAGAAACGGGGCUAUGAAAGAAACAGGUCGGCGCCAACGCAGAUCAUGGAAACGAGUUCUAACACGGACCGCAGCCGGCGCGGCCACUGCCUUUCUUGGAGCUGCCACUAUUCUGCAUGGAGGCCUAUCCGGGGUUUCCGCUGCCAACCCGCAGUGCUUGACCGCCGAUGCAAUGAUCGGGGGCAUGCGACACUAUCUGGUCGACUGGGACCAGCAGUUGCUGCACGGGGCCAACAAAACUUGGACUUGCGAAGACUUCGCGCAGUUUCUGUACCGUCAUAUUCAAAACUUUCAUUUACUUGUUCAUGGUUCACAUUGUGUUUGUCACCACAUGCAUGACGAUAAAUCAUCCUAGAACAAAACACGCAAAGCGUCCUUGUACUUACUUACAAAGAAAUAGCGAGAGCCGUGACGACGUCAUCCUCAGGCACAGCAACAAUCUACACCGACCUGCAGGUACAAUUCGCGUGACCGCAUCCAGCAGGAGCUUUUCUACACCUAUUCCAACAUGACCACCGUUCCCACGCCGAAGUCCGUUGCGAAGGACGGCGGGGAAGGCGGCGGCGAACAAGACGAGGUGGUGUCCGUCUCGGACGCAGAACUUCCGGAGGGGUUUGGAGAUUUGCCUUGGAUUUUGUCGCACGUGAACAAGGCGGCGUCGCUGGUGUCGGCCUCGGUCCACGUGAACUCGGGGCUGGGCGUGAUCCGGCAGGAGUGCUUCGUGGAGCCCGCGGUGCACCUGCUGUUCUUUGUCAGCCUGCGCCGGGUGCAUCAGCUGAUGCUGAACCAGCUCAAGUAUUUGUGGUACCUGAUGCAAAACACCCCGGAGAUGUACCGCGGAGCCGCCACGCAGUGGAUCAUGGAGGCGUCCCAGGUGUUCCGCGGCGAUCUGGACACGACGGAAAGCAUCUUCGAGGGCUGGAACCCGCCGAACUCCACCAUCAGCGACGAAAACCCGCUCACGUAUGAAAAGCACGAGAAACCAAAGGUAAAAUAGGAAACUGCUACGUGCUUCUCGAGAUUUAUUCCUCGCACUCAUUUCGGCCUGCCUUCGUGCUCUCAGGCAGAUCUGGGUCGCGGAAGUCGAUACUCGUCCGCGACGGAGCGUGGAUCACAUACAUUCCCUACCUGUUUGUGCUUUUCUGCGUACGGUCAAGGAUGUUCAUCUUCUUGUGUGUGCUACGAGAAAUACUUUUCCUAUACAGGUUUUCUCUAUCGUCGAGCUGCUGCGACGACAAACGUUUAAGGAGACGGACUUUGACCGGGAGCUCGUGCGGGCCACCAUGCGGCACGUGUUCAGCAAGAACGACAUCAUUCUGGAGCUCGGGGCGGGCACGGGCGACCUGAGUCGGUGGCUGAACGAGACCGGGUGGGUACAGAGCCACGCUUACGACUACAGCAGCGACAUUGAGCUCAUCACCUUCAACAACGUGCAUCAAUUACGGGCCGACAACUACCCACCGCGGUUAGGAGACGGAGACAUCCCCUACGACUGGAUUCUCUGCCUCUCCGAACAAUGCCCCAUGAUGCUGGAACCCAUCCAGGCGAAGUUCUCGAACGUAAGCACGUUUAUUUUUGAAUAAAGCGAAACGGCAUCUGGAGAAACGGCAUCUGGAUCUGAUUUCAGAAUUCGCUUAGCUUGUCGACAAAUGUUGUGUUUUUUCUCCGUGAGAUGGAGCUGAGGAAGACAACUGUUCCUCUUUCCGUCUGCGUUGCUUGUUAGUUAGUUUCGGUUCGGCAGCAUCAAAAGCAAUCCUUUCUGGCACGCACGCAUGUUUGGACUCAUUUUCCUUUGUAUGUAUGAAACGAAAACAACCUAUACCGUUACUCCAGUUGCGCGACUACACGCACAAGGGUGUGAUACUGCAGAAAGACGUCCUGGGGGUCAGCGACAUCUCGCCGGCUUUGGUAGACGCGAAUAGCGAGGCGUACGUGGAUAUCCUAGGUGGAAUCACUGCCAUCACCUGCGAUUUGUCACGCUGCGGACACGACAACGUCUAAAUCCAAUGAAUGCAAGCCAAAGUCUCUGAGAUGGGAAGGGAAAGCAUGCAAUUUAGACGUGUUCAUCUUGGCAUCGCAAAUUGAAGGUGAUGUUGGUGAUUUUGCACAGGAUAGCCGAAAAAGGCCUGGCGGAAAGAUACGCGGUGUUGGUGCACGCUGCGGCGUAGCCACGGGCGUCUGAAUCCUGGAAAGCGCAAUCAUCACGGCGAGAACAAAAAGGUAGAAACGUCCGAUGAUUGCUUUACAGCAUGGACGUGUUUUCGCGAUUACAAAAAGGAACAAAACCUUGACAAAGUCGUACAUUCAGUUCUUGAUCGCCCUAGACAAAAGUGUUUGCUGAAACUGAUAUGUACUUCGGCUCCUCGUCGUCAGACCGAAGAAGUGCAGCGAAAUGUUUCUGAUGGAAACAGUCCUGGG